AUGUGCAAUGCCAAGUUGAGCGAUCUGAUGUCUGACCAGAACAGCAGCAAAGAACAGCCCACCGCAGGGCCUGUUCAUGCCCCCACUCCUCGCGAUUUCCCCUCGAAGAAGCGCAAGAUCGAACACAAGGACGUUGACGAAGACUCGGCCGACGAGCUAUACGCAAUCGACUCCGAUUCCGAUGCCGACAGCGGCUGCAUGACUGUGAUCGAUGGUGAACUACCUGAGGGUAUGGAAGAGUUCUUCAAACCUGACGGGACUGUGGGCAUGGUUAUGGGCGGCAAGCCCCUCAGUGACGACGAGCUACUCGACCAGAUUAGGUCGAGUGAGGAGUACAAGCAUAUGAUGGGCUUCAAGAAAGCAAGGUUUAUCGACCAUUACAGAGAGAUGAGGAUCAAUGCCCUGGACGCGAUCAACGACCCUGACGAGGAGAUUGUCGACUUCGACGCUGAGGACCCCGAUGCCCGUUACGUCAUGAUAGAGCUCCCGAAGGAGGAGACGCCGAGCAAGCUGAAUCCGGGCCAGCAGGACGGCGAUCUCGAUUCGAACGCUGGGGAGUCAAUUGAGGGUACCGAGGAGGGCAUGACCGAUGGAGACAAGGCCGAGGAGGGCAAGGUCAAUGAAGACAAGGCCAAGGAGAGCAGAGAGAGAUUCGCUCGCAACACAGUGAACAAAGAUCUGUACCACAGCGAGCGAUAUGGCACAUGGGAGACCAUCGAGUACAGGGUCCGGUACAAGAAGACCAUCGUGCGUGAUGGCAAAACGCAGGUCGUGUGGAAGACGGGACUGGCAACCAAGAAAUACGAAGACGGUGGCAUUCCUGUGCGCGCGGUCGAUUCAGGCAAGGGAAAGAAGAAGAACAAGAAGGGUAACAAGAAGAAGAACGUGGUGGGAACACUGACUAAGCGCAAUAUCUGA